GCAGCUUGAUGCGAUCAACUUGGCCUUUGCAACAGAUUACAUGUACUGGACCAAUCCCCUUCCCCAAGAAGUCCUGCAGCAAGUAAUCGAUGGUUCAUUCUGCUUCGGAAUCUACCAAAACCUCGACGACACUACUACACGCCAGCAGCUCGGUUUCGCACGUCUGAUUACAGAUCAUACCACUUUUGCCUAUCUCACCGAUGUGUACGUUCUCCCAGAGUAUCGAGGACUGGGCAUUGGAGGUUGGUUGUUAGAUUGCAUUGAUGAGCAUUUGGAAGCGAAACCGUAACUUCGUUGGACAAUGUUGCGGACUGGCAGACUGCGAAGUCGUGAGUUGUAUCAGAAUCGGCAAGGGUAUCAGGUGUUGGAGUCGGGUACUGGGGAGUUUGGUCCUUGGAUGAUGGGGAAGAAGGGCAGAGGUAAUAUGGCAUGAUGAAGAUGGUGUUGACGAGUAUGGAAUAAUGGUAUUGUUCCGACUUAAGGUGAUGUGGUAGUUCUAUAUUGGUAGAUGAUUCUGGUUUUAGAGAGCCAGUCUCGAUACCGCACGAACGGCAAAGAGCACUUGUCUGUGCGAAGUACACUUUGAAUCGAUGGAAUAUCUUAC